CGCUAGAACCCUGUAAGAUAUAGUUUAGAAUUGCUUAUAAAUCUCUAUACGCACAAAUGCCGUGGUCCACAAAGUGCUACUCUUCGCAAUCGUGGAGGGCCUUACUCCCGUCUAACAUAUAUAUAACACAGUUCCCUCAUUAGAACUUCCACAAGGCUUACUAUAAACUCCACAACUCCACAAUGUCCUCUCCAGACCCCACCCUCGUCAACAUCGGCACCCACUCCCUCGCCCUCUACGCCCACGGCCCAGAACCCAGCAGCUCUCAAGACCCCGUCGUCCUAUUCGUCUGUGGCAUAGCAAGCAGCAGCCUCGUCUGGGCCGCCGUAAGGCGACUCCUCCCCGCCUUGCUACGCAGCUACACGUACGACCGCUCGGGCUGUGGCAACUCGGAGGCCUCCCCCCUCACGCCCACAGCCGAGAACAUCGCUCUGGAACUCUCCCUUUUGAUCGAAAAAGCGCCUAUUAAGAACCCCUUAAUAAUCGUCGGGCAUUCCUGGGCCGGCGUGCUCGUCCGCGAAUUCAUCGCUCGCACGGGCAACGGCGCGCAAAUCGCUGGCCUGGUGUUUGUCGAUGCUAAUCAGGAGACGAGUCUGCAAGUGCUCAACGUGCUGGAUGAAAAUCUCGCAGCCAUGUCUGCGGGCGUCGAUUGGCUGUCUGCUCAAGGGCUUAGAGCAGAACACAGAUUGACGCCGCAAGAGUGGGAUGCGUUUCUCCGUGACGAAGCCACAGAGAAGUUCAAGGUACAAGCGGACAGGGAGGAAGAUGAGUACGAAGCGAGUUUCCCCACGCUGCGCAGCAAGCAACUAGGGAAAAGACAACCGCCGGUCUUGGGAGAUAAGCCGGUUUAUGUUAUUGGGGGUAUGCGGAGUCGGGAUUGGAGUGGGUUGUAUCGGGCGGGUGUUGAGAGGGGGAAUGGCACGGAGGAGCAGAGGAAGUGUGCUAGAGAGAUGAUUAGCUCGGCUGAUGAGAAGAGCAAGGGGCUCAUGGAGGGGCAUCUGAAACUUUCUACAAAAGGGAAGCUGGUGUUUGCGCGUGAGAGUGGGCAUUUUGUUCAGUUGACGCAGCCGGAUUUGGUUGUUGAUGGAGUGAAUUGGGUCUUGGAUGAAAUACAAACGUCUUCUUAGUCGCAGAAACUAAAUGCUUUAUGUGAACCACGGAAAGAAGUACGUAGUCCUAGAUGAACAGCUUGCUUGCAGUUUAGGUAGUUAAAGAAUAGAUAGUCACGCCGCUGUUA